AUGGCCGACGAGCUCGCGCGCAUACAGCAAUAUGAGUACCGACAGAACUCGAAUUUGGUUCUGUCGGUCGACUACAACCUCACCGAUCGGCGAGGACGUGAGGAGCCGACCGGUGAGGUUCUUCCGAUCACUGAUAAGGAGAUGAAGAAAAUGAAGAUGGGGGAUAGGGCGCUGAAGAGCAAGGCGCCCAUUCAGGAGCAGAAGAAGAAGAGCCGCCGCACGAGAGAUGAGCAAUCGAAGGCGCCACAACUCGGCAGAGGUGUUCUUGUGGACAACCAUGAGCUCACUGGAGCCUACAAACCACGUACACAGGAGACGAAACAGACGUAUGAAGUGAUUCUGUCGUUCAUUUAUGAUGCACUUGGAGAUGCGCCACGAGAGGUGCUCUGUGGAGCGGCUGAUGAAGUGCUGGCGGUGUUGAAGAGUGAUAAGCUCAGAGAGAAAGAGAAAAAGAAAGAAGUUGAGGCCUUCCUCGGCAAGCUGACCGACGAUCGUAUCGCAGUUCUGACGAAUCUCUCGAAGAAGAUCACCGAUUUCUCACUGGAAGAAGAGAGCAAACCAGAAGGAGACGACAUCGAUGAGAAUGAAGGCGUCAACGUUCAAUUCGAAUCCGAUGAGGAGGAAGAUGACGGAGGGAUGGUCAAUGAUAUCGGAACAGAUUCAGAUGCAAGUGACGAGGAAGGAGGCGUGGAUACCGACUACACAGCUACACUCAAAGGAGACGGAGGUCUGACGGAGGAUGAGCAGAAGGCGAGAGGAAUUCUUCAUCCAAGAGAUAUUGAUGCUCAUUGGAUUCAAAGAAGUCUUGCGAAAUACUUCAAGGAUCCUCUGAUUGCCCAGCAGAAGCAAACUGAGGUUAUUGGGAUUCUAAAGAACGCCUCAGACGACAGAGAUGCCGAAAAUCAACUUGUACUUCUUCUGGGCUUCGAUCAGUUUGAAUUCAUCAAGUGCCUUCGUCAGAAUCGCCUCAUGGUUCUCUAUUGUACACUUCUCCGGCAGGCAAAUGAGAAGGAACGGGAGAAGAUUGAAGACGAGAUGCGCUCCCGCCCGGAACUUCAUCAUAUUCUUGCUCUCCUUCAGGAGACUGACGAUGGAUCCGUGGUACAGGUGGAGAAAUCAAAGCGGGACGCUGAACGAUCCAAAAAAGCGGCUGCGGCGGCUGAUGAGGCGAUUAGUGCAGGCCAAUGGCAAGCAGGAAGGAAGGUGCUGGAUUUCAACGAUUUGUCGUUCAGUCAGGGAUCACAUUUGAUGAGCAAUAAGAGAUGCGAACUUCCGGAAGGAUCCUAUCGUCGCCAGAAGAAAUCCUACGAAGAAGUGCACGUCCCCGCCCUCAAACCACGCCCAUUUGCCGAAGGAGAGAAGCUCGUCAAAAUCUCGGAGCUCCCAAAAUGGGCUCAACCGGCAUUCGAAGGAUACACCUCCCUGAACCGUGUCCAAUCUCGUCUCUGCUCCUCAGCUCUCGAAUCCAGCGAACAUCUCCUCUUGUGUGCUCCAACUGGAGCCGGAAAGACCAACGUCGCGUUGCUCACAAUGCUCCAAGAGAUUGGAAAGCACUUGGCUGAGGAUGGAUCUGUGAAACUGGACGAAUUCAAAAUUGUCUACAUUGCCCCAAUGAAGUCUUUGGUACAAGAGAUGGUGGGAAGUUUCUCGAAACGUCUUGCUCCAUUCGGGAUUACGGUAGGAGAAAUGACAGGAGAUGCUCAAAUGAGCAAGGAGCAGUUUAUGGCGACUCAAGUGAUUGUUUGUACCCCGGAGAAGUAUGAUGUCGUCACCAGAAAGGGUGGAGAACGAGCUUAUAACCAAAUGGUCCGAUUGCUCAUCAUUGAUGAGAUCCAUUUGCUUCACGACGAUCGUGGACCGGUGCUAGAGUCGAUUGUAGUCAGAACCAUCCGUCAAAUGGAACAGAAUCAUGAUGAAUGUAGACUAGUUGGACUAUCAGCUACCCUUCCCAAUUAUCAGGAUGUUGCCACUUUCCUCAGAGUCAAACCAGAACAUUUGCACUUCUUUGAUAACAGCUAUCGUCCAGUUCCACUCGAACAACAGUACAUUGGAGUCACUGAGAAGAAGGCGUUGAAGAGAUUCCAAGCUAUGAAUGAUGUGGUUUAUGAUAAGAUCAUGGAGCACGCUGGAAAGUCGCAAGUGCUGGUUUUCGUGCAUUCGAGAAAAGAGACGGCGAAAACGGCCAAGGCUAUCCGAGACGCUUGUCUGGAGAAGGAUACGCUGUCGGCGUUCAUGAGAGAAGGAUCGGCGAGUACGGAGAUUCUGAGAACGGAGGCUGAGCAGGUGAAGAAUCUGGAUUUGAAGGACUUGCUGCCGUAUGGAUUCGCGAUUCACCACGCUGGAAUGAACCGGGUGGAUCGUACGCUGGUUGAGGACUUGUUUGCGGAUAGACAUAUUCAGGUGCUCUUCUCGACUGCAACCCUCGCCUGGGGAGUCAACUUGCCAGCUCAUACCGUCAUCAUCAAAGGAACCCAAAUCUACAAUCCGGAGAAAGGACGUUGGACCGAACUCGGAGCACUCGACAUCAUGCAAAUGUUGGGACGUGCCGGACGUCCACAAUACGACGAGCGAGGAGAGGGAAUUCUGAUUACGAAUCAUUCGGAACUACAGUACUACCUGUCUUUGAUGAAUCAACAACUUCCGGUUGAGAGUCAGAUGGUCUCUCGACUGACGGACAUGCUCAACGCGGAAGUUGUGCUGGGUACGGUUAGCAGUGUUUCGGAGGCCACGAACUGGUUGGGAUACACUUUCCUGUUUGUGAGAAUGUUGAAGAAUCCAACGCUCUAUGGAAUUACGCAUGAGCAAGCGCGCGCCGAUCCACUUCUCGAACAACGUCGUGCCGAUCUGAUCCACACCGCGUGCGUCCUCCUCGACAAGGCCGGUCUCAUCAAAUACGACAAACGAUCCGGAAUCAUCCAGGCGACAGAACUCGGACGCAUCGCUUCCCACUUCUACUGUACCUAUGAAUCCAUGCAAACCUACAACAAGCUGCUCAUCGAGACGUGCUCCGAUAUCGAUCUCUUCCGAAUCUUCUCAAUGAGCUCUGAAUUCAAAUUGCUCUCCGUUAGAGAUGAAGAGAAAUUGGAGCUUCAGAAGCUCGCCGAGCACGCCCCGAUUCCCAUCAAAGAGAAUUUAGACGAAGCAUCUGCCAAGACCAAUGUCCUCCUUCAAGCCUACAUUUCUCAGUUGAAAUUGGAAGGAUUCGCUCUUCAAGCUGAUAUGGUCUUCGUUGCUCAAUCAGCUGGACGUCUGUUCCGUGCUCUAUUCGAGAUUGUUCUCUGGAGAGGAUGGGCGGGGCUUGCUCAGAAGGUGCUCACGCUGUGUAAGAUGGUUACACAGAGACAAUGGGGAUCGUUGAACCCGCUCCAUCAGUUUAAGAAGAUUCCUAGUGAAGUGGUUAGAUCGAUUGAUAAGAAGAACUACUCGUUUGAUAGGCUGUAUGACCUGGAUCAACAUCAAUUGGGAGAUCUUAUCAAGAUGCCAAAGAUGGGAAAACCAUUGUACAAGUUUAUCCGGCAAUUCCCAAAACUUGAAAUGACCACGCUGAUCCAGCCAAUCACAAGAACUACAAUGAGAAUCGAGUUGACUAUCACUCCGGACUUCCAAUGGGAUGAUAAGGUUCAUGGGAAUGCAGAAGGCUUCUGGAUCUUCAUCGAAGACACCGACGGCGAGAAAAUCCUCCAUCACGAGUUCUUCCUGCUCAAACAGAAGUUCUGUACCGAUGAGCAUGUUGUCAAGAUGAUUGUCCCGAUGUUCGACCCAAUGCCACCACUCUACUACGUUCGAAUCGUUUCCGAUCGAUGGAUUGGCGCGGAGACGGUGCUUCCGAUCUCGUUCCGUCAUCUGAUUCUUCCCGAGAAGUAUCCACCACCAACUGAGCUUCUCGACUUGCAGCCACUGCCGAUUUCUGCGGUAUCCAACAAAGAGUUCCAGGCAGUGUUCGCUGAGAGUGGAUUCAAGGUGUUCAAUCCGAUUCAGACACAGGUCUUCCGUACAGUCUUCGAAUCCAACGAGAACGUGAUCGUCUGCGCUCCAAAUGGCUCUGGAAAAACGGCAAUCGCCGAGCUCGCGAUCCUUCGACACUUUGAGAACACUCCAGAAUCGAAAGCCGUCUACAUCACGCCAAUGGAAGAUAUGGCGUCGAAAGUGUACGCCGAUUGGAAACGUCGUCUGGAGGGUGCCAUCGGACACACCGUCGUUCUUCUGACAGGAGAGCAAACGCUUGAUUUGAAGCUAGCUCAACGCGGACAGCUCAUUAUCUCGACGCCAGAACGAUGGGAUAACAUCUCGCGGCGAUGGAAGCAGAGGAAAUCAGUGCAAAAUGUGAAACUGUUCAUCGCAGACGACCUGCAUAUGAUUGGUGCCAACAAUGGACCUGUGUUUGAAGUUGUGUGCUCCAGAACUCGCUAUAUUUCCUCUCAAUUGGACUCUGCUGUACGUGUUGUUGCUCUCUCCUCAUCUCUCACCAACGCCAGAGACUUGGGAAUGUGGCUCGGAUGCUCGGCAGCCGCCACGUUCAAUUUCAUGCCACAGACGCGUCCAGUGCCAUUGGAUUUGGAGAUUAAGUCGUUCAAUUUGUCCCAUAAUGCCUCUAGAUUCGCCGCUAUGGAACGACCAGUUUAUCAAGCGAUUUGCAGACACGCAGGAAAAUUGGAGCCGAAACCAGCAUUGGUCUUCGUCCCAGUGCGUCGUCAAACCCGUCCAGUCGCCGUCGCUCUUCUCACGAUGGCCCUCGCCGACGGAACCCCCAAACGAUUCCUGCGCCUCUCCGAACACGACGACACCUUCCAAGCGCUUCUAGCAGACAUUGAAGACGAAUCCCUCCGUGAAGCCGUCUCCUGUGGUGUCGGUUUCCUUCACGAGGGCUCAUCUCCAAAAGACGUUCACAUCGUUCAACAACUCUUCGAAUCCAACGCCAUCCAGGUGUGCGUCGUGCCACGUGGCAUGUGCUAUCAAAUCGAAAUGAGUGCUUAUCUGGUGGUUAUCAUGGAUACGCAAUUCUACAACGGAAAGUACCAUGUCUAUGAGGAUUACCCCAUUGCCGAUAUGCUCCAUAUGGUCGGCCUGGCGAAUCGCCCGAUUCUGGACUCAGAAGCCAAGUGUGUGGUGAUGUGUCAAUCGUCGAAACGUGCCUACUAUCGCAAAUUCCUUGGUGAUCCGCUGCCAGUCGAAUCGCAUUUGGACCAUUGUCUUCAUGAUCAUUUCAACGCGGAAAUUGUCACAAAGACUAUCGAGAAUAAGCAGGACGCUAUUGAUUACCUCACCUGGACGCUCCUCUACCGCCGAAUGACCCAAAACCCCAACUACUACAAUCUCCAAGGAACCACGCAUCGUCAUCUAUCAGACGCUCUCUCAGAACUCGUCGAGAACACCUUGAAGGAUUUGGAGAACUCGAAAUGCAUCGCCAUCAAGGACGAUAUGGAUACCGUAUCCCUGAAUUUGGGAAUGAUUGCAUCCUACUAUUAUAUCAGUUAUCAAACCAUCGAACUCUUCUCAAUGUCACUAAAGGAGAAGACGAAGAGUCGCGCUCUCAUCGAGAUCAUCUCUGCGUCCAGUGAAUUCGCCAACGUCGCCAUGCGUCAUAAGGAAGACAUCAUCCUUCGACAACUUGCGGAACGUCUUCCAGGACAGUUGAAGAAUCAAAAGUUCACAGAUCCACAUGUCAAGGUCAAUCUUCUAAUUCAUGCUCAUCUAUCUCGUGUGAAGUUGACCGCUGAACUCAACAAGGAUACCGAAGGAAUCGUCCUGAAGGCGUGCCGCCUGGUCCAAGCCUGUGUAGACGUGCUCUCUUCGAACGGAUGGUUAUCACCUGCUAUUCAUGCUAUGGAGCUCUCUCAAAUGCUCACACAGGCCAUGUACUCCAGUGAGCCCUACCUUAAACAGCUUCCACACUGCUCCACAGCUCUUAUCGAGCGCGCCAAGGCCAAAGAUGUAACAUCAGUGUUUGAGCUUCUGGAGCUGGAGAACGAUGACAGAUCGGAGAUUCUGCAAAUGGAGGGGGCGGAGCUUGCUGACGUGGCACGAUUCUGUAACCACUACCCGUCGAUUGAGGUGGCAACGGAGUUGGAGAGCUCAACGGUGACCACACAGGACAACUUGAUGUUGGCUGUUUCGCUGGAGAGAGAUAAUGAUAUUGAUGGGCUGGCACCGCCGGUGGUUGCACCAUUAUUUCCACAGAAACGGAAGGAAGAGGGAUGGUGGUUGGUGGUUGGAGAUCAGGAAUCCAACGCAUUGCUUACGAUUAAGAGACUGGUCAUCAACGAAAAAUCAUCGGUCCAACUGGAUUUCGCCGCUCCACGCCCCGGCAAACACGAGUUCAAGCUGUUCUUCAUCUCCGACUCAUAUCUGGGUGCCGAUCAAGAGUUCCCAAUCGAAUUCCGCGUCGAAGAGCCGGGAAGAAGUCGUAAGAGGAAGCACGAGAAGGAGGAGGAUGAUUAA